AUGGCCGCACUUUGCCCCUCAAGUAAAGGUCACAAGAGCAAUGUCAGCUUAUCACUAGGUGCAGGGGGCAGCCAUGAAAAGGAGAAACGCAGGAGGGUCAGCCGUGAGGAGGACGACGACGCGGGGGAGGUCAGCCGUGAGGAGGACGACGACGCGGGGGAGGUCAGCCGUGAGGAGGACGACGACGCGGGGGAGGUCAGCCGUGAGGAGGACGACGACGCGGGGGAGGUCAGCCGUGAGGAGGACGACGACGCGGGGGAGGUCAGCCGUGAGGAGGACGACGACGCGGGGGAGGUCAGCCGUGAGGAGGACGACGACGCGGGGGAGGUCAGCCGUGAGGAGGACGACGACGCGGGGGAGGUCAGCCGUGAGGAGGACGACGACGCGGGGGAGGUCAGCCGUGAGGAGGACGACGACGCGGGGGAGGACGACGACGCGGGGGAGGUCAGCCGUGAGGAGGACGACGACGCGGGGGAGGUCAGCCGUGAGGAGGACGACGACGCGGGGGAGGUCAGCCGUGAGGAGGACGACGACGCGGGGGAGGUCAGCCGUGAGGAGGACGACGACGCGGGGGAGGUCAGCCGUGAGGAGGACGACGACGCGGGGGAGGUCAGCCGUGAGGAGGACGACGACGCGGGGGAGGUCAGCCGUGAGGAGGACGACGACGCGGGGGAGGUCAGCCGUGAGGAGGACGACGACGCGGGGGAGGUCAGCCGUGAGGAGGACGACGACGCGGGGGAGGUCAGCCGUGAGGAGGACGACGACGCGGGGGAGGUCAGCCGUGAGGAGGACGACGACGCGGGGGAGGUCAGCCGUGAGGAGGACGACGACGCGGGGGAGGUCAGCCGUGAGGAGGACGACGACGCGGGGGAGGUCAGCCGUGAGGAGGACGACGACGCGGGGGAGGUCAGCCGUGAGGAGGACGACGACACGGGGGAGGUCAGCCGUGAGGAGGACGACGACACGGGGGAGGUCAGCCGUGAGGAGGACGACGACACGGGGGAGGUCAGCCGUGAGGAGGACGACGACACGGGGGAGGUCAGCCGUGAGGAGGACGACGACACGGGGGAGGUCAGCCGUGAGGAGGACGACGACACGGGGGAGGUCAGCCGUGAGGAGGACGACGACACGGGGGAGGUCAGCCGUGAGGACGACGACGACACGGGGGAGGUCAGCAUUGAGGAGGAGGAGGACACGGGGGAGGUCAGCCGUGAGGAGGAGGAGGACACGGGGGAGGUCAGCCGUGAGGAGGAGGAGGACACGGGGGAGGUCAGCCGUGAGAAGGAGGAGGACACGGGGGAGGUCAGCCGUGAGGAGGAGGAGGACACGGGGGAGGUCAGCCGUGAGGAGGAGGAGGACACGGGGGAGGUCAGCCGUGAGGAGGAGGAGGACACGGGGGAGGUCAGCCGUGAGGAGGAGGAGGACACGGGGGAGGUCAGAGCUGUGAGAGGGUGA